GCCGAUUACGGAGAAGAAUCUUACGAGAGUUUUAGAGAUAUUGUUAGUAACAAACAACUUGUUGCUAACGUUGAUUAUCGUGAUAAUAAUUUACUUCACGUUACACUCUAUAACCCUUCGCAAGCUCAAUCCCCUGAAGAAUCAAUUAAUCAUGAACUAGUUCAUGAUGGGCUGGCAUUGAUUAACAAAAAGUUACCUUAUAUCAAGCGUUACAAAAGUUUAAUACAAAAAUUCGAAGAGUCUCAAGAACAGGCGAAAAAGUCUAGGUCGGGAAUGUUUGAAUAUGGAGAUGCGACACUUGAUGAUGAUGAAAAUUAUUAA